GUUGAACCGUGUCCUGGUGUCAAUAUUGAGGGUAUUGAGACUGCAAGGCAACGUCUGGAGAAGGCUUUCCAGCUUACUGAUGAUGAUAAUCGGAUUAAACCCGACUCGUUAGUUGAAAUGUUUAGCUCACUGGGAAAUGAGGGUCAGUAUCCGACGGGUGAAAACCGUGAGCUAGGUGCUAUAAUUCUUCGUGUUUUUGCUUCUCCUCCCCACUUUUGAUCAUCAGUAGCUGCACUGUGUGUGUUAGAACAAGUGGAAAUUGAAUGUGGACUUGGUAAUGGUGUUAUUGGCAGGGGAGUCCAAAGAUGCUCUGUUUGGGUCAUUGUCUUCCGCACUUGAGAGAACUCGUCACUUCUUCUCAAGAAAGAAAAAAACUCAUCACUUUAAGCCCUUGCCUGAUCAUGAUAGUGAUGAUCCAAUGAAAUUAGAGAAUGCAGCUAAACUUAUCCAUGAUGCUUUCAAUGAUGGAAACAUCUGGAGGUGAGAAAUUCAGUCCUAAAUACUUGGCUCAGUUGGCUGAGACCUUGAAAUUAAAAGGUAAUAAGGCCAUGGAAUCAAAGCAGUAUACCAAGGCAAUUGCGUUGUAUGACUGUGCUAUUGCAUUUUGUGAAAAUAAUGCUGUUUACCACUGUAACAGGGCAGCUGCUUACAUUGAGAUACACAAACACAACGAAGCAAUGCGAGAUUGCCUUAAAUCUAUUGAGAUAGACCCAAACUAUAGCAAGGGAUAUACUCGUCUGGGAGUAGCUUAUUAUGCACUAGGUAACUACCGUGCGGCUAUUGAUAAGGGAUUUAAGAAAGCCUUGCAGUUGGAUCCAAAAAAUGAAGCUGCCAAAGAAAGUAUUCGGGUGUCUCAGCUGAAAUUGAUAGAGCAGCAACAACAAUCAGGAUCUCAUUAUUCUCAUCAUCAGAACACAAGUUCAUUUUCCUUGAGUAGUAGCAGCGUGCAGGGUUCAGGGUCAAAAAUCCAUGGUGCAUUCAAUACAGGUUCUGUUCCUGUUGAUUUUGCAAAUAUGUUUACGAACAUGGGUGCGACUGCAUACCAAGGACAGCAUCCUGAAUAUAACAUCCGUAACACCAUUGUUAAUGGAGGAAUUCAUCUACCAAAGACAGCAUCCCCUAUAUGUGUCGUCAUCCGUAACAGCACUGUUAAUGGAAUUGAUCUACCAAGGACAGCUUCCUCGAUAUCUGUCGUCAUCAAGAACAGCAUUGUUAAUGGAGUUGAUCAACAGUUCUACACGAAAUAAGGGUUGAUCGCAACAAGAAUGGUUAAUGUUGGAGAUAUGCUAUAAUCUGCAGCACAUGUACGUACUCACCGCGGUGAGAGCAUACAGUACAUUGUCCCAAAACGCUUCCAUCAAGCUUGAUUGUCAUUUCGAUUUUGAAGGUUUUUCAAUAAGGCAUCCGCAGUGCCGACUGAUGAAUGAAGUUCACUCCUAUUUCU